GGGUAAAAUCGUUUUCAAAACCCUCGCCUGCAAACCCCUUCCUCCGCUCAAGCCCGUUCUCUCUUUGUCCCUAUUGUUUCUUCCUAUAAAUGCAAACCCUAGCCUUUCUCUGAUACCCUUUCAAAUUAUAGAUAUAAACCCAUAUUAUUUAUAGCCGUUAUUUUAGUGGGUAAAUUAAACUAAUUGUUGGUUUUGAUCGUGGAGAGUGUUAUUGAGAAAUGGUCGCCCCUGUUAGUACUAGUGCUGCAGCUGCUACUACUACUGGGACGCAAUCACAGACGCAUAUACUCUCAGCUAGAGUGAGGAAAAUGAUACAAUCAAUCAAGGAAAUCGUGGGAAAUUUCUCUGAUGAUUUUAUCUACACGGUCCUUAAAGAGAACAACAUGGAUCCUAAUGAGACCACCCAAAAAUUGCUUAACCAAGAUCCAUUUCAUGAGGUGAAGAGAAAAAGAGACAAGAAGAAGGAGAGUAUGGGAUACAGGAGUACUGCAGAUUCAAGAAAAAAUUAUGAGAAUUUGAGUCAGGGGACAAAAUUUCACACAUUUUCUGAUCGGAAUGCUCGACAAGGUGGUUACACUCGAACACCUGUACCUGGUAAUGCAGGAGUCAGUAGAGAGUUCCGUGUUGUAAGGGACAACAGAGUUAACCAAAAUACAACUGGAGAACCAAAGCCUGCCUUGCAGCAAGGUUGCAGUGAGCAGUGCAUUGCAAUAGUAACUCAAAAGGGCUCAUCAGGAACAGGAACUUCAGUCAUUGUAAAGCCCUCUGGUGUGCGGAGUUCAACUCAAGCUUCUAAUGGGCCUGCUGAUGUUCAAUCUAGAAACACCAGAGAUGCUACCUUAAAGACAGAUGGGAAAUUAGUAUUUGAGGAAAAGCGGACUGUGGUUUCUAGUUCAGCUUCACGGGUACAAGUAAUAAAACCCAACUCUCAAAAUCAUUCUGCGACACUGGCAUCAAGCAAUUCUGUUAUUGGGGUGUAUUCCUCUUCAACUGAUCCUGUUCAUGUGCCAUCUCCUGAAUCUAGAUCAUCUGCUGCUGUUGGAGCAAUUAAGCGUGAGGUUGGGGUGGUUGGUGGUCGUAGGCAGUCUUCUGAAAAUGCGAUGAAAAGUUCAUCUGUGUCUAGCAGUUCAUUCUCAAAUUCAGUUUUGGGAAGGGAUGGUUCAAUGUCAGAAUCAUUUCAGCCUUUCCCGGUAAUUUCGAAAAUGGACCAAGCUAGUCAAACUGUUGCGACUGAAUCUGUUAUGCCAAGUAUUUCUGUCAGCAGAUCAUUAGUAAGCAAUCAGUAUAGCAGGCCACAUCAAGCAGCUGUGGGUCAUCAAAAAGCUGCUCAGCAUAAUAAGGAGUGGAAACCAAAAUCAAGCCAAAAAUCAACUGUUGUUAGCCCUGGAGUGAUCGGAACACCUACAAAACCCAGUUCACCUCCAUCUGACAAUUCUAAAGAUUUGGAAUCAGAAACAUCUGAUUUGCAGGAUAAGCUUAUGCGAGUGAAUGUAUUUGAAAACCAAAAUGUGAUCAUAGCACAGCAUAUUCGAGUCCCUGAAAUUGAUAGGUGCAGGCUGACCUUUGGCAGUUUUGGGACAGAGUUUGAUUCUUCUAGGGAUGCUAUAUCUGGAUUUCAAUCCAUUGAAGACUCUAAUGCAGAAUGUGCCGCAAGCAUCUCAGUGUCUACACCAGAGUCUUCAAGUGAUGAUGCCUCUGGCAACAAGCAGGUGGAGUUACUAGAUGAACAGGUUAGAAAUUCUGGAUCAGAUUCUCCAGCAUCAGGUGCAGUUUCUGAGCAUCAAUUACCUGAUAAGUCUUCAAGUCCUCUAAAUUUGGACAAUUAUGCUGAUAUUGGUUUAGUUCAAGACAAUAGUCCUUCAUAUACGCCUUCAGAGUCACAGCAACAGCAACAAGAUCCUCCUGAAUUACCAAGCUUUUCGAAGGCAUAUGAUCCCCAGACCGUUUAUGAUAUUUCAUAUUUCAGACCACCACUUGAUGAAACUGUACGUGGACAGGGUCUACCAUCACCCCAGGAGGCCUUAACCUCACAUAUGGCCAACAGCAUGCCAGCUUCAACUAUAACUAUGGUACAACAGCAGCAACAGCCACCAAUGGCCCAGAUGUACCCUCAAGUUCAUGUUUCACAUUUUGCCAAUCUUAUGCCAUAUCGUCAGUUCCUUUCUCCAGUUUAUGUUCCACAGAUGGCCAUGCCUGGCUAUUCUAGCAAUCCUGCAUAUCCACAUCCAUCAAAUGGAAGCAGUUACUUGCUAAUGCCUGGAGGUAGUUCCCAUCUCAGUGCAAAUGGGCUCAAGUAUGGAAUCCAGCAGUUUAAGCCAGUUCCUGGCAGCACUCCCACUGGAUUUGGAAAUUUCACUAGUCCAAGUGGUUAUGCCAUUAAUGCUCCAGGUGUUGUUGGUAGUGCAUCUGGGCUGGAAGAUUCAUCUCGGAUCAAGUACAAAGAUGGGAAUCUCUAUGUUCCUAAUCCACAGGCGGAGACCUCUGAGAUUUGGGUUCAAAAUCCAAGGGAGCUUCCAGGUUUGCAAUCUGGUCCGUACUACAACAUGCCUGGGCAAACACCUCAUGCUGCUUACUUGCCAUCCCAUACUGGUCACGCAUCCUUCAAUGCAGCUGCAGCACAAUCUUCUCACAUGCAAUUCCCAGGAUUAUAUCCUCCCCCUCCUCCAACACCUGCUGCAAUGGCAAAUCCACAUCAUUUGGGUCCAGUUAUGGGUGGCAAUGUUGGAGUUGGGGUUGCCCCGGCUGCACCUGGGGCGCAAGUUGGCGCAUAUCAGCAACCUCAAUUGGGUCAUCUCAACUGGACGACAAACUUCUAAAAAAGUAAAUGUCAAUCUAACCCCUCGUUUGUAAGGGAUUGUAGUAGUUAUAGAAAGUUUAGUUUUCUUUUGUGAAAUGAGUAACCCACAAUCUUUUCUAUUCAAUGCAUAUUGAUGUUCAAUUCUCAA